UGGUAUGUCAAAAGAUUAAUAGGAAAAUGAAAUUAAAUGUAAGUUCAGUUUGGCGCAAAAUUAUUUGAAAUCUGUACUUACUGUUUCGUAAUAGGCAUUUCCAUAAACUUGUUGAAGACUCCUCGUAUGCAUGGGUGUCAAAAAUUUUUUGCAGUAAAAUAAACUUAUUUUUAAUUCCAUUUUCCAUAGAUUUUUUGAAGUACCCUCAUAUCUUUAUUCCUGUAUCCAGCAAAGAAUAUAGUUUUCUUUUUUAAAAUAAAUUUAUCUUUUAAUUAUACUUUCAAUAAACUUUUUUUUUAAAGAUUUAUUUAUUUAUUUGAAAGGCGAAGUUUCAGAGAGGCAGAGGCAGAGAGAGGUCUUCCAUCUGCUGGUACACUCCCCAAUUGGCCACAGUGACCAGAGCUGCACCGAUCCAAAGCCAGGAGCCAGGAUCCUCCUCAGGGUCUCCCACAUGGGUGCAGGGGCCCAAGGAUUUAGACCAUCUUCCAUUGCUUUCCCAGGCCAUACCAGAGAGCUGGAUGGGAAGUGGAGUAGCUGGUACUCAAACUGGGCCCCAUAUGGGAUGCUAGCACUGCAGGCGGCAGUUUUACCCUCUACACCACAGUGCAAAGCCCAAGAAUGUAAUUUUCUUCAUAGUACAUACUAUUCUAAGGAAUUUUUAAUUAAAAUUUUUUUCAUUAAAUUUUGAAAUUCAUAAUUGGUAUUAAAUAGGAAACUUAUUGCUUUUGUCAUAUUUGUAGUGUCUUAUACCUUAUUCCUCUGUAGUAAUUUUUAGCACAUUCUGUUGAAAUAUGUAGUUAGAUAAAAUUUUUUAUUUAAAAAUUAUGUUAAUUCUUAAUUUUAUUUAUUUGAAAGGUAGAGGGAUAGAAAGAGAGAGAGAUAGGAGAGGUAUCUUAUUCACUGGUUCACUCUGCAAAUGCCUGCAAUAUCUAGGGUUGGGCCAGGCUGAAGCCAAAUUCUGGAUCUCAGCCUGAAUCUCCCAUGUGGAUGACAGGAACCCACAUAUCUAAUCCAUCACCUGCUGCCCCCCAGAUGUGCAUUCGCAGAAAGUAGAAUCAGCAGCAGGGCUGGGACUAGAGCCCAUUCACUGUGAUAUGGGGUAUGGAUGUCCCAAACAGCAUUUUAACUGCCACACCAAACUCCUGCUCCAUGUAGACAGAAAUUUUGAUAUUUAAUUUGAUAAAUAAGAAAAGGGAGGAGGGAUAAACCAGAUGUUUACUUAGGAAGUGUUUGAGCUUAAAAGGAUUUAAGAGAUUAUCUACUCCCUAACCUUCAUUGCAGUAGAUGAUCAAUCUGGUACCUAGAGAAGGUAAUUUACCUGCCUUUUGUCUCUUGGUUAAUGUUGGAGCAAAGAAUUGAAAGCAGCAAAAAAUAUAGCUUUUAGAUUAGGGCGGUGAGUGAGUCCUAAUUUAUAUAAAAUUGUGAGCCUUGACUUUAUGUUGAAGGCCUUUGUAAUGUUACAGAGUUGGAAAUGCCCUUACACCACUUCUCUUCCAUCCCCUCCCCUUCCAUUCCAUGUCUGCUUCACAAAGUGUUCCCAGUCCCCUUUGACUUGUAGAAAACUUCCCGUGGUAGCAUCUGCUUUCUUGAGGCUCACACAUCCCUCAUGGUUGGGUGGUGUUGGAGGAAGCAAAACUCCCACUAGCUGUUGAGUGCCAACUAAUAGGGGUUUGAAUGCAAUGGGGGAAAAUUGUGUUGCUUACUUGCUGCUAUGUGAGAUAGGAGGCCGGGGGCCGAUCUGAGAUUCUGAUUUGUUGAUACAAGACCACCUGAACCAUGCAUCCUAUAAACAAUUGUUGAACAGAAUUGAAUUUAUAUGACACUUUGAUAUUUUCUUUCUUUUUUUUUUUAAAGGUCUAGAGGUAAGAUUCAUUCCAAGGAGGACUGAGAGUCUUAACCCUAAGGGCCCCUCUUUCUGUCACCUCCGAAAGUUGUCUUUCCUGAGGGUUUUCAGCCGGAGUUCCUCUAUGCGGAGGGGGUACUAGCAGGUAUAAAUGGGAACAGAUGAUUAUUACGCUUCAUUACCAGGCGAGAUCCCUGUGCCACAGGGACUCCAUCCAAACUCAUUGCAAUGAUGAAGAGCCCUCUCAUUAUUUCAGACUCCUGAAGGCAGCAUUUUUCUUUAGAAAACCAUGACAAAGGAAGUAAGGCCACAAUGCAAUGGAAUUCCCUUAGUUCCUAACUGCUAAUUGGACAAUUGUUCUGCAAUUAUUAUUAUGCCAGCAAAUAAUAGCCUUCUAGCCUCACUUGCUGCUUGUAAACUUUCCUUGAGAUGCGAAUCUUUGUAAAGAAUUAUGCUGUCAAGUUUGAUUGCUGAAAUUAGACUGCUUUCUUCCUUUUCUUUAGCAAGGUGCUUGAUGUUCCUAAGUAGCCUCUGCUUUGCUUCUGUGGUGCAUUUACAUCUGCAGAUGAAUAAGCAGGCCCGGGUUCUACCAAAUCUGUGGUUCUGUCUUCAGUCGUAUCUACUAAACCCAAGAUUUAAGGAAAUAGGCACCUUUCUUUUAAGAUGCUGAAGUUAAGCAAUCUAAUUUCUCAUUUCUUUGGAAAAUUCAUACGUUUUGCCUGAUCUGGGGGAGUGCUGGCUUUUGUAUCCUCUGAGCUCAAAGACAAAGGGAAGAGAGAAAUCUUUCUGGGGGCGUUUUCAGAUACAAUUUGUAGACUGAAAUAAAACUGCUCUUGAAGCCCAGUUGUAGAGUUAGAGGUCCCUGUGUCCCUUCCCGUGCUCAACCCUCCUCUGUGCUCACCUUUUUUCUCUGCCAGUUCCUCCUCGCUUCAUAAAUGCCAUGGUUUAAAACCCGUGGCUUCCCAUGCAGAGGGUUCUACAGUCUGCUGUCUAUUUUGAAAGGGAAACACGUUUUUUAACUGCCUCAGAGAUAUUUGCAGAUUUAAGCAUUAUUUAAAUGACAGCCGAAAAGAUAGGAUACAAUGGAAUGUGGGUUUGGUUGGGUGCGUCAGUGCUUGGAGUAGCUGUGUGACUGGGGGAAAGUCAGUUUGCCUCUCUGCAUCAGAAGCAGAGUAGGUGGGACUUGAACUGGUGCUCCAGUAUGGGAUGCUGGUGUUGCAGGUGGCGGCUUAACCCUCUGUGCCACAAUGCUGCCUCGCCAUGAUAUCUAAUAGUCCUUCUAGCCAUAGCCCUUUAUGAAUUCAAAGUAUGGUGGGAGCAGGGACACGUGUUUUCGUGUGAGGGAUGCCUGGGAAUGUUUUCAUCAUCUGCUCUGGUUUGAAGGUAGUCUUGUAGAUUAUGAGAGAUGAAAGGUUUACAGAUGUGAGCUGCAGGUGGAAAAAGGCAUUAACAUUUAUUGAGCAUCUGGUUUGCAUCAGGUCAGGUGCUAGAUAGUUUCCUUUCUGAUCUCACUGUCCCAGUGCAAGUGAUUUGGCCAGGUUCAUACAGAUACAGAAUCACAGACCCGAUUUGGCCUCCUGGCCUUGAGAUCUUGCUCUGACGUAGACUCCUCUUGCCUCCAUACCAAUGACCUUGCUCACCCCUACAUCCACAUUUAUCUCCCCCUUAUUUCAGUAUUUUUAUUGUAUAGUGAAAGCGGGAACAGCUGUUUGUCUGGACCAGUCAGUGGCUGGUGAGAUUAUGCUUUUAGGACAAUGCAGAUUUGUAAGAUGAAAAUUUGAGCUUGUGAGGCACAGCUUUAGAAAAGACCCCUUUUAGGUUUAUUUAUAUCAUGAUAACGUUGCUUUUUAGUAGAGAAGGGCCCUAAGAAAUGUGGGAUCUGCAUUGAAGAUGCAUCCUGCAAGGCAUCAAGUAUGUGCAUCUUAUUUUCCAUAUACAUUGCACUGUUUUUGUGUUCAUCUGUGUUUGUAUGCAUGUGUGUGUGUUUACAUGGGCACCAUGUUCUGACAUUCCUAACAUAUAUCCUGAUAAUUGUGUGCCCUCGAGACUGUCGAAUAAGUUGUAAAAGUAUGAAUCCUCUCUAUUAUUAGUAAGAUUGAUGCAGGUGAGCUUUUUCAUAACUUGUUCCUAAAUAUCACCACCACCAUGUCUGUGUUCCAACACCUUUUUAAAUUUAUUUUGCCAGACAUCAUUUUAUGCUUUGAUUCUCUGUUCUCUGUUUCACUUGCUGUACCCCAAGCACUUGGUUGAAUGAGUGAAUGAACAAUUGAUGUUACGCCCCCAAAUUCCUGAAAGUAAGAAGGGUACUGGUAAAGACAUAUAACCACUACUAAAAGGGCUAGAUGAGCAUCUUCUGUUUGUGGUUGCAUGCCCAAUACCACUGAGGAUGCUGACACAGAAUAAAAUAAGGUGUGAUUCCUGACCGUUGCCUGUGUGUGGAAGCCAAGAUGUUGGAGACUCAGAAUGAGUGUUUGUUUCAGUUUUGGGAGAGGAAUGGGUUUUCAGUUGUCCUUGAAUUCUCUCCAUUUAGGACCAUUUGUCCAGUCAUGUGAAGAGUGCUAUUGAAAGUCUGCAAGCUUAUAGAUAGCCAUGUGCAUUCUUUGGGUUAGACUACCUGGGUUUGAAGCUGCAUUCUUAGUAAGUUGCUGUGUUUUCUGAACUUAAACCUCCACUAUGAAAUGGGAUGGUAAUAAUCAGGGUUACAUGAGCUGAGUGUGUUAAUCUAGAUACAGAGCCAGGCAGCUGCCUCUGGUACCAAGUAAGCCUUCCAUUAAUGUUAGCUCUAUAUUAUGAUAGAUCUAUUGAUUUAUUUAUGAGGGAGAUAGAGAGUAUUCCCAUUCUUGUAUUCCCUCCUCCAAUGCCUGCAGUGACUGGGGACAGAAGCCAGGAACCAGAAGGUGUGAAUGACAGCUACUUGAGCUAUCACCGCUGCUUUUCAGGGUCGACAUAAGUGGGAAGCUGGAAUCAGGAGCCAGAGCCUGCUAUUGAAUGCAGGCACUCUAACGUGAGACCUGGGUGCCCUCAACUUGUGUCUCACCCGUUAGGCCAAAUGCUUGCUCCUCAUUUUAUGUUUCCUGUCUAGUUGAGUUGUUAUAGUAGCAGUAGUAGCAGUGGUUGUGAUAGUCUCAGUUCUUGGAAAGCCAGUGUGAUUACAAGUCAAUAGCUCAGUGACCUCUGUGCUUGUUUGGGGGUGCUCAUGAAUAGCUAAGAUGGGUCAGAGGAGAAGCGGCUUCGCUAUAUUCUUGUUUCCAUGAGGGGCUUCAUGGAACAGGUGACAAGUCACUUAGGCAAGGGCUGCAUGGAUAGGGAGGAGCUGCGUGUGCAAUGAGGGGGAGAGAGUUGAGUAGGAAUGGCCAGGACAGCGAGAAAGAGGCAGCUCCCACCACACCACUCCAACCCCCGGGGCCUCUCAGCAAUCUCCCUCUUCUAUUUAUUUAUAUUUCCCCUCAUGUUAAAUAAUAAAGUCAUGUUCCCCCUCUAGCCUUUCCCUCAGCUUCCUAUGGAAAGCGGCCCUACAAACACGGUACAGGUGUGCUGGGGGCUUUGCUUCUCCGAAGACAUUGAAUGAGGGUCUGCCUGCUGCGGGUGGCUGUGGCCUGGUGCUCUGUGGGUGAGCAGUAGGGUGGAAACAGCCAGUUAACGGGAGAAAAGUAAACUGCAGGGACUUAAGGUGAAAGAAGGGGUUAGUAACACAAAAAUAUGCGCAGUUCACACCAGCUGGGUGUUGAGAGGAGGACUAAAGCAUGGCACAGUUGUAGGCGGGAAUCUGGAAGGUUUGUUUCAAGUUGGCAUUGGCCUUGGAGCUGGUCCGUGACCAUAGGAGGAUGGCAGCUAUGGGUGGAGGAGCGUUGCAAGUGGUGGCCAGAGACUGCAGGCUGCCCAGAGAGGGGCUGUGGUGUGGUGCAUUAGGGCUGGAGUGAAGCCUCCUGUGAUUGGGGCAAGGAAAAUAUUGCAGCCAGAUCUCAUCCAGGAUCAGGGAUCUGGAGAGUUCUCCUGAAGGUGGUUGUGCUAUAAUAAGAAAAAGGGAGGAAGGAUUGAGAGCUGAAACAUUCCUAGUGUUCAAGUUAAAAGUUAACUCUUUUGUGUAGUUAACGACUAACUUGCUCUAUCCCAUGCAAAAGGGAAAAAGGAGAAGGGAGAAAUAGAAUAAGGUGGUAACCAAUUGGCUUCAAAAGAACAAGCCUGGUUUGCUUAUGUGGUUGCGCAUUUUCAACGUACUACACACGUGGCUUUUUUCAGAGAUGAGCACAAACUUGAACAACAGUCUUAGACGCACCUCUGUGAAUCCCCCCUGUGUCGUCUGCAGGGUUUUGGAGCUAUUUUUGAACACAUUCCUAGUUUAGCCAUUAGAAAAUUAUGGGUUUUAUUUGUAUAAACUCAGCAGCUAAAAUAGCGCCUUUCCAGAAAGGUGGGGUGAGCUCAUCGCCGUCUGCUGUGACCCAGGCAAGUUAAUGACCUGCCCGGUAUUGUUCACACCAGCCAGCCCUGGCUGCCUCCACCAGCCGAAGUUCCACUUGAAGGGAGACAUUGUUUCUUGGGCUGCAUUUGUCAGAUGCUUUCCUCUCUGCAUGCCAGCCUGUGCUGAAUGUCCUAGCAGUCCCUGAAUGUUCCUGCUGCCUGUAAUUUAUGAAACCACAGAGCAGGUAGCCCUGGAAAUGUAUACAAAGUACUCGGCACUGCUGUGCAAGGCCCCCAGCGAAGAGCAGAGGUAAACACCUCUAUACCCACACGUGUAACCUACCAGACCCUGCCUAUGGAAGCUCCAGGGAGCCAGGACUUACUCCUAACAACUUGCAGAGUCAGUGGCUGAGCAGCCUGGGGACAUGAGUAUUAUAAGCAGGAGGGGCAUUUGCUGAUGAUUCUGAUCAUUUUUCCACAAGAAUGGUAAUGUAUGGAAUGGAGGUCCCUUAUUUCACGUGAGUCUCUGGCAUCUACAACUUUGAGUCUGUCGGAGAGUCAGUCGGCCUUGAGUGUGAAGCAAGAGUGGUCGCAAGGCUACAGGACUCUCCCUUCCCUUUCCUCCAGCCACGGCUCUCAGAAUGGGGUUGAUCUAGGCGACCUCCUUAACCUUCCACCCGGGACAUCCAUGUCCAGCAGUAGUGUCUCUAACUCAUUGCCACCCUAUCUUUUCGGCAUGGAAAAUAGCCACUCUCCUUACUCUAGUCCCCGGCACUCAGCCACCAGGUCCCACUCUGCUCGCUCCAAGAAGAGAGCACUGUCCUUGUCCCCGUUGUCCGACGGCAUCGGGAUAGACUUCAACACCAUCAUCCGCACCUCGCCCACGUCCUUGGUGGCCUACAUCAAUGGGUCUAGAGCUUCCCCGGCCAACGUGUCUCCACAGCCUGAAGUCUAUGGGCACUUCCUGGGGGUACGUGGCAGUUGCAUCCCGCAGCCGUGCCCGGUGCCCAGUGGCCAGAAGAGCGUGCUGGUGGCCAGCGGCAGCCUGCCACUGCCAGCCUAUGGCGAGGACUGCGCCCUGGAGUACGAGCGCAUGCAGCAGCUGGAGCAUGGCGGCCUGCAGCCCGGGCAGGUCAACAACAUGGUGGUGCAGAACCGCCUGCCAGGCCCUGAUGGCCAGCCAGCCGGCCUGCUCAAGACCGAGCGCCUGGAAGAGUUUCCGGGCAGCGCCCUUGACCUGCCUCCUCUGCCACAGCCCCAGGGACCUCCGCCCCCCUACCACGCCCACCCGCACCUGCACCACCCAGAGCUCCUGGGCCACGCCCAGCCACUGGCCCUGCCCCAGACCGCACUGGACGAGGAUGGGGAGAUGGACGACCUAGGAGGCAAGCACUGCUGUCGCUGGAUAGACUGCAGCGCCUUGUAUGACCAGCAGGAGGAGCUGGUGCGGCACAUCGAGAAGGUCCACAUAGACCAGCGCAAAGGCGAGGACUUCACCUGCUUCUGGGCUGGUUGUCCUCGUCGGUACAAGCCCUUCAACGCCCGCUACAAACUGCUGAUCCACAUGAGAGUCCACUCCGGGGAGAAGCCCAACAAGUGUACGUUUGAAGGUUGCAAAAAAGCCUUCUCAAGGCUCGAAAAUCUCAAGAUUCACUUGCGGAGCCACACGGGCGAGAAGCCGUACCUGUGCCAGCAUCCAGGCUGCCAGAAGGCGUUCAGUAACUCCAGUGACCGCGCCAAACACCAGAGGACACAUCUGGACACUAAACCUUAUGCUUGUCAAAUUCCAGGAUGUACCAAACGCUACACAGACCCAAGUUCUCUAAGAAAGCAUGUGAAGGCACAUUCUUCCAAAGAUCAACAAGCAAGGAAAAAGCUGCGGUCCAGCACAGAACUGCAUCCAGACCUGCUCACAGACUGCCUCACCGUGCAGCCCCUGCAGCCGGCCACUUCCCCACGAGACGCUGCUGCUGAUGGCACUGUGGGAUGCUCCCCAGGGCCCGGGCCUGACCUCUAUUCAGCACCCAUUUUCUCCAGCAAUCAUUCAAGCCGAAGCGGAACAGCUGCUGGGGCCGUGCCACCCCCACAUCCUGUCAGUCACCCUUCUCCAGGACAUAAUGUACAGGGGAGCCCCCACAACCCCUCCUCCCAGUUACCUCCACUCACAGCUGUGGACACAGGAGCUGAGAGGUUCGCACCUUCUGCUCCAUCUCCUCACCACAUCAGCCCCCGGAGAGUCCCGGCUCCUUCGUCAAUACUGCAGAGAGCACAGCCUCCCCUCACCCAGCAGACAUCAGGUGCGCACCUGAAGUCCUAUCAGCCAGAAACCAACUCUUCCUUUCAGCCCAAUGGCAUCCACGUCCAUGGGUUUUACGGGCAGCUGCAGACCUUCUGCCCUCCACAUUACUCCGACUCCCAGAGGACCGGGCCACCUGUCAGCUCCUGCAGUGUGGUGCCUUCCUUCGAGGACUGCCUGGUCCCCACAUCCAUGGGCCAGGCUGGCUUUGAUGUUUUCCACAGAGCCUUCUCAACUCACUCGGGCAUUACAGUGUAUGAUUUGCCGUCAGCUUCCUCGGGCCUCUUUGGGGAGUCGCUUCGCAGCGGGCCUGAAGAUGCCACAUUCUUGCAAAUCAGUGCUGUGGACCGGUGUCCUAGCCAGCUCUCCUCUGUCUACACCGAAGGCUAGAAGCUCCCCUGGCCUCUGCUGCACAUCCAGAACCUUCUCGUGGCUUGCCAUCUGGUGUCUUCACCCUCUCACAGGCUGUGCGAGAAAGGACGCCAGGCAGAUCAGUGGAAGCUGCAGGGCCGCUGCAGGACUGGAUGGGCAGAGCCGGCCUCGCAGGAAUGUUUCCAGUUGCUCCAUGCUCUCUGGGUUUGCUGGGCCCAUUGACCAGCACAACUGUUUGGCAAAGGGAAUUCAGAGUCUCACUCUGCUGGAUACCUGUUACUUCCUGGCGGUCAACUGGCCGAGGACACAGAGGAGUUGAUGUGCACAUGAAUGUGUAGUUUGGGGAUGACGCCUGCUGCUAGCUCUCUGUAGGGAGGGACAACCAGAGGCAGUGACCAGAAGCAGAGGGAGCUGCCUCAGCUGCUCUCCCUCCCUGCUGGGCCAUGCAAAGCCAGGCAGGACAAGGGAAAUGCAGGGCCUAAGCUCAGUGUGGUCUUGACACUUGGGAACUCCCUGGGUUUCCGUCUCCUCCCAGAUACUCCGAUGCUAACCAGUUGCUUCUCCGUGUUUCUCCAACAGUGAAAUAAGAUUUUAUAUUCCAGCAACCUAGUGUUGUUUUUGCAUCUUAAAGACGUAUUUACAUCUAUUUUAAAUGGAAUAUAUAUGUAUAUGUAUACAUAUAUAUAUAUAUGUAUUUAGGAGUCUGUUCUUUGGUUGGAAAUCAUUGUUACUUUAAUCACCUCAGCUACAUGCAUUUUGCCACAGCUGUCACUCUGCUUGGCCCUGCCCCUGGGAUGUUACCAUGGCAGUCAGCAGAGGCCACAUGAGGGAACCUCCGUGGGUUAGCUGUUGAGCAGCCCCACUUGGAAGACCUUGUUGUAAAGAAAAGGUCAUUUAACUGUUCCACUCAUUGCCUCCACGCUGCUGCUCCACCUGAGAGGUGCCUGCACGUGUGAGAACAGGGCCACACACUCUGUCAUGGGCCUAGGUUCCCUGAGAAGAUGAAACUCGGGAUGCCUGACAGCCACGCACUUUGCACAGCCUCUGCUCACCUCCUCCAGGAGGUCCCUGUCUGUCCCUAUUGUUGCACUCAUCUCACCCUCUCCCUGACCGUGGUGCAGACAUACUCGCCGCCACCACGGCCUGACCAUCACCUCUUGGGAAGGUAGAGGGGACAGCCACGAAAGGUAGGCAAAACAAGACAACUGUUCUGCUGAAACUCUGAUUUGAAGACCUGGAAUAUUCCCACAGCUCUUGGCCGUUUUCUGUGAACCCUACAUAAGGAGUCACCCUCUAUGACACCUUUACAAAUCUAUGAGCAUAGGCUAUAAAAAUUGGCCAAACCCUAAAGACCCGGUAAACUCUUGACAUUCUGGUGCCAUCACAUUUCAGGAUUUCUUUUCUGUCUUUGAAAGGGUGUUUUCUGAACAACAGUGAAACAAUGCUAAUUGUCAAGCUGAGAUACUUACAAACUUCAGUAAGACAAAGAGCUUGAUGCGAGACUUGGGAUCCUGGGACAGGUUGUGUCCCCGACAGGUCCUUCUGUGGCUCACAAUCCAUAGUGUUCUACUCGAUCCCAGAGUUCGUUCAGCAGAAUGCGAUGGACAGAGAACCAAGUGUUUGUUUCAUUCUUACUGUCUGCUUGGUCAGUCUAGUUUCUCUAACUAGUGGGCUGUGUUCUGAGAAAAACUAUCCUGCCGACAUCCAAGUCUGCAAAAGAAGUAAGUUACCCACUGGACGAAAAUCUCCGCUUUUCCAAAGCAGGCACAUGAAGCUUUGGGGACAAGUGAGCUCUCAGGACACAUGUAACAUAGCAGGCUUCCCGCAGCAUCUGCGGGUUGUGUCCCUCAGCCUAAGCAGGGUCGUGUGUGUGCUAGCCCCGCCUGAGUCAGUACAGUAGCAUGCCUCCAGUGUCCUCUGCCACACUCCAGAAAGAAGGGAAAACUCUGGGACCUUCAGAGAGACCACAUCUGCCUGUCCUUAAAUAUUAAAGCCUUGAGGAGGAACUCAAAAUACAUUUCAUUUUCAUGGUGAGGAGGGAAAAAAAAAAGAUGAAAAGGCUAGGUUACUAGUGCUGCUGAUGUUGUCUGCCUUGCCUCGUGGCUUUAUAUCAUUUCCAAUAGGAAGGAAAAAGGAGGGCAAAGCAAGAAACAACCUCAGGAGACAUGGAUGUCAUCUCCCCCUUAGUGAGGGAGGAGAUGCGUCUGUGCCAGCUGUGGCCUCCCGGUGUUCCUGCCCCUGUCUUGCCUCGCCUGGGCUGGAGGGACCAAGGGCAGGCCACGCAGGAGCAGCAGCUGCACCUGUGAGCAUCCUCCCUCGGCAGGAUCCAGGCCCAGCCCCUGCAGGAGCAUCCAGAAGUUGCCCCAUGCACCUCCUCACCAGCCCUUCUGUGUUGCCUGAUGCCUCCAGGUUUGAGAUUAGAGACCCAGGGCAGGACACAUCGAGGCUCCCUCCAGACUGCACAUUCUCCUUACAUUCCAGAACCUCCCCCCCGCCCCCCUCCCAGUCUUAACCUUUGUGCCUUGCUUGCUUUUGCACAGUGAAAGAUUUGUAUAUGCUCUCAUCAUUAUUUUGGAAAACAGUAAAGAUAGAAAUUUAAACAAAAUCUUUCCCUUCCAUUUCCUGUCCUGUUUCAUCUUGAUAGGUAACUGUUCAUGUAAACAUCUGGAUAGAGAUCGUCAUUGCCCUUGUGUCAAAAAACCAAACCAAACCAAACCAAACCAAAGACUGGUGCUUGUGAAAACACACACAGCCCAAAGCCAAUUAUCCUAUUACUUAAAAAAAAAAAAAAAUCAGUAUGUCUAAAGACAUCUCAUUUGCUCCAAUGUCUUAAUUCCCUAAAAGAACUACAUCAAAAUGUCAGUUGUAAUUUAGCCUCUGAUCAGCUGUUAAAUAUUAUUUAAAUUAUGUAGUGAUCUUAUGGGGGUAUCUGCCUUUACUUGUACCUCCCCCAAAUUACAGAGAUCCUAAAAUGCAAAAGUGGUCUUUAGGAGAUCACAGCGUGGUUUCCACUGAUAGCAGAAUAUUGGUUUUGUUCUGUGGUUUUCAGAUUGCCAGCUGUCGCCUGCUGUGGUGCACAUACCAGUCUUGAACAGGGAUGACUAACUGUUCCACUCCCCCAUCCGAGAACCUUGACUUUCCAGGUGCCUUGAAGUAUUGGGAAUGGUGACUGUAAAUGUUCAGUUUAAUUAUUUAGUAUUUUAUUUGACUGUUUUGACCAUGUCAUUUUAUAGCAGCAUUUUCUGAACAGCACUUUUUGUUGGUAAUAAGGAAUUUCUGCAGUUAUAUUUUUUUUUCUUUUUUGCCAUGGAUAAAGCAAAAAAAAAAAACACACUCAUUGGAGAAAUUGCGAGUGUAAAAAAGAAGAGAUUUAUUUUGUACAGACAGCAAAGCAUCCUGUGUAAUGUUGCUGACAUAAAGCACUUUGGGGGGAAAAGUGGAAAUCUGUUUUCCAUAAAUCACACAGAUUCUUGUACAUAGUUCUAUACACUCACGUAGAGAAAUGAACUGCAUAUAUCAUACUGGAUAUGGGGCCGAUUUUACUCUAGAGGCACAUCUGGUACUUAUUGUCAUAAAUCUUUUAAAGAAUUAGGUACACUUUUUUCUAUUAAUAUGUAUAGUUUUGUGAUUUGUCACAGUUAUGUUUCAUAUAAUCAUAAGUUAUUUUGUCUUGUUUCAUGAAGUCCUUUUUUUAUGUCAAAAGUAAAAUGAAGGGAUUGUGCACUUCAUAUAGGAAAAAACUGGAAAUCGGCUUAAAAACGCAAUGGCCAGGCCCAUUGUUUGUUUGUUUGUUUUAUGAUUUUGUUUUGUUUUGCCAUCAGCCUCCUGUGUACUGGGGAUGGUAAUUAUAAUUAAACGCAGAUUGGGGGGUGGGGAGUCUCCAAGGCCAGCUUUAAAAGGCCGCUUUGCUUUGGGCCAGAGCUGCAGCCUGGAUUUAAUUAUAGAUAUGAGGACGAAAUGGCAGUAAAAAUGAAUGUCCCCCUGAAUCCUUUACAUGUUGGGAGUGUCCAUAAAUAAAACAUGAAGUUUUAUUUCAUCAGAUUUAAUUAAAGCUUUUAUACAUG